ACUUGGACUGUGUUGCUUCUUUGACACGGGAGGCGACAUUGCUGCACUUUUUAUGUUAUUUACUUAACAAAUAAAGCGAAUCUAAGCGUUUUAUUAGAACGAAUGCACUAACCAAACUCGGAAUUAGCAAUGUUUUUAAUUUAAGCCUUUUUCCUUAAGCACACGAUUGUAAAUUUACUGUAGUUAGCCGAGGAUGCUAACUGUCAUUGUUGUGGUGAAGUCAUUGUAGAUCGCUUUAUCAUAAAAACACGUACAUUUAUUUAUAUUAUUUUUCAUCGUAUGGCUGCAAAACAUUUAUUUAAAGUUGUACAUAAACUCGGGAAAGGAUUGAUUAAGAAUUCUGAUAGGAUAAGAGUUGGAAGAAUAUUAUCUGUGGUGACAGUUCCAGUUACAUUAAAGACCUCUGUCACCAAUUGCGAACUUUUGGCUAAAAAACUGAACGUCGAGACAAGCUGCGAUACACAAACUUCUGCUUCGUCCAUAUCAGCUUCCUCUUUCCAGAUUCCAACAAAUGCUGCGUCACAAUCGUCGGAUAAAGCCAUGGAUUUGAAAUCAAAGAACGGAGCCGGAUCGUCGCAGCUGAACGACGGCCACCAAAAACAACAAAAGAAGCAAAAAAACACGUUAGACUGUUGGUUAACGAAGCCCCCGAAAGCUGAAAGUUCAAACACGGAGACCGAAAACCAAGAAGACAUGGAAAUAAGUGAAGAAAAUGCAAGUCAGAGCGAGAAUACGGACAGUCAAAACAUGAUGGACGAUGAGGAAGAAACUCAGCUUUUAACGUCGCAGGAGCUGGAAGAACACGGCGCGAUUCUGAGCGAAGAAGCGCCGAGCGAAACCACAACGUCUCAGACAAAAACCGAUGGAAACCGAAAAGCGAAAAUAACGGAUUUCUUCUCUGGAUCGUCGUCGUCGCAGAGCGCGUCCGUAAAGCGAAGCAGGAGGGACGUUUCCGACGGGUCCGAGGAGGAGGAGGAGGAGGCUGGAUCCGCGGAGGUUGAACCCGACGUGAAGUGGCUCGGGACCCCGAUCCACGAGCUGAGGAGGAGGCCCCAGUGCGGAGCUCCUCUGCCCAAACUCAGGAACGAUCCGGAACGUCACACCGUCACGAUAAGGACAGACCUGCUGCGUCCCGGCUCCCGUCCCGUCCCUCACCCGUUUCUGCUCCACGACGUCUGGGACGAAGUUCACGUGAAAAUGCCCUGCUCCUCCAAGAGUCUGUUUCCAGUCAGAGACGAGGAAACGAAUGAGCUUGAAAAUAAAAGUCGCUGGGAGUUAAUUAAAGAAUCCUUGGACGAUGAAUUUUCAGAUCCUCUUGAACUUAAGAACGCCAUUUUGAGAUACAACGCCUCCUACGCCAAGAAAUGGGACUUCACUGCUCUGUACCUGUACUGCGCCAAGGUCCUGGACCCGGACUCGGCUGAACAUCUGUUUGAGUCGGUGCUGCCAGAGAUGGUCCAGUUAGUGAUGAAGACUCCACAGCUCAUCACCAAGCCUCUUCCUCUUCUGAAGCGAGGGAUGAAUCACUCCAUCUCUCUGUCGCAGGAGCAGAUUUCUUGUCUUCUUUCAAACGCUUUUUUCUGCACAUUUCCCCGAAGAAACUCCAGGAAAACAGAAUACUACAACUACCCCAACAUCAACUUCUACAGGUUGUUUGAGGGUUCGUCGUCCAGAAAGAUCGAGAAACUGAAGACUCUGAUGUGUUACUUCAAAACCGUGACAGAACAGAUGCCAAAUGGACUCGUAACGUUCACACGGAGACGUUUGGAGAAUCCGGUCCACUGGAGAAGUUCUCAGAAGCAGCUGACCAGACUCCACGUCACAUGUGAAGGCACCAUUGAAGACGACGGACACGGGAUGCUGCAGGUGGAUUUUGCUAAUCAGUUCGUGGGAGGAGGCGUCAUCGGCUCGGGUUUGGUCCAAGAGGAAAUCCGGUUCCUGAUAAACCCGGAGCUCAUCGUGUCCAGACUCUUCACCGAGGCCCUGGAUCACAACGAGUGUCUCGUCAUCACAGGUACGCAGCAGUUCAGUAAAUACACAGGAUACGCACAGACUUACAAAUGGGCCGGAAGACACCAGGACACAACGCCGAGAGACGACUGGCAGAGGAGGUGCACUGAGAUCGUUGCCAUGGACGCGCUUCACUUCACCAAUUUUCUGGAGCAAUUUAAACCAGAAAAUAUCAACAGGGAACUAAAUAAGGCGUUCUGUGGUUUCUCUCGUCCGGAGGAGCCCAGUGAAAACCUCUCUGCUGUGGCCACGGGGAACUGGGGCUGUGGGGCUUUUGGAGGAGACACCAGACUCAAAGCUCUGCUCCAGAUGUGUGCAGCUGCAGAGGCGGGGCGGGACUUGGCCUACUUCACCUUCAGAGACUCACAGCUCAUGUCCGACGUGCACAAGAUCCACCGCUUCCUCUGUGAAAAACACGCCACUGUGGGUGAAGUCUACGAUCUUUUGGAACGGUAUUUCGUCGGUCACGUCGAGAACUGCUCCGCUCGUCGUCCUGAAAUCAGCCUUUAUUCUUUCAUUUACAAAACCCUGCGCUCGUCUGGCUCCUCUGGCUCCGCCCCUCGCAGCUCCCUUCUGGAAUCAGCCAAACUAUAAACCCUGUAAACCUUUUUUCUAGACAAAAAAAUACACGGAAAUCUCUCAAAUGAAGCCAACAGGAGGUAAACGUAAAGUGUUACAUGAAGCAGUUUGAAUGGAGAGACUGGGAUUAGUCACAGAAUGUCACAAAAUAUGAAACAUCUAAUUAGUUUUUUUCAAAAUGAGCUCUAAACAAAAUUACUAAACAAAUUUUGAUUAAAGACGGGGGUAUUUUUACUUCUUUAACUUCUUUAACACUAACACAUCACAUAUUUAGAUCUCCGUGUUCCUUUUAUUGUUUUGAAAAUGCUGUAUUCGCCAAAAAACAACGGUUUAACAUGUGUUAUAAGUUUCCCUCUCUCUUUGCUCUUCAUACUAAGUAACUCCCCCUUCAGAGCGCUGUCACAACACAAUCAGCGUACGUCCCACUAAUGAAACUACAGCACAUCGCAUCAGGUUUUUGUAUACUGUAUUUUUUGGACUAUAAGUCGCACCAGCCAAAAAAUGUGUAAUGAAAAAGAAAAAAAUAUAUAUAAGUCGCACUUUUUGGGGGAAAUUUAUUUUGUAAAAUCAGAGACCAGGAGCCGACAUUUCCUGUUGAAAGUCAAAGUUGUAGUAAAAACAACAGAAGAGAGAACAACAGACUGUUAACGUCACAUAUGAACAGUUCUUCAGAUAAACUAUAACAUAAACAACAGAACAAGUUUAACAAACUCUCCAUCUCACUCCAAAUCACUAAAUCCAUUCAAUUCUUCAUCCUCGGUGUCACUUCUGAGCAACUCCACGACCUCCGGAGGUAAACAGAGCGUCGCUUCCUCAGUUCCAGUUCCAGUUAGAAUUAUUCGGGUCUUUCUGAAUCCUGACAGGAUGGUUUCGGUGUCACUGAAGUCCAGACUUUGUCCAUCCAUCCAGUGACUCUGCUGCUCGAUUAUCGUUUUCAGCUGCAGAUUUCAUGACUUGCAGUUUGUAAUCUGCAAAAUCUGAUUUUCUUUUUGGGGGCAUUUGUGUUCAGUCUUCUCAGUCUUUGUCUUUAUAAGUUUGUUUAAAUGUUAAAUUGUUCAGUGGUGCAGAAGUAAUGUUGUGAUCGACUGACAUGAUACAGACAGGACAGAGGCUCUUUCUGCAGGAGACAUGUGCAGUAGAGCAAAGUGACAGUGGUGCAGGAGGAACAGGAGCAGCAGAUACUCACACACAAGACUAGAACCUCUCCACACUUCACUCAAACAUUUUAAUAUAGAAGUCACACAGGAAACACUCAAACCAUGAAAAAAAGUGCGACUUGUAGUCCAAAAAAUAGAGUAUUUAUGUAGAAAUGGGUGACGUUGGCUUGUGGGCGGAGCUUCAUACAGAAUCUUACAGUUAACCCUAAAGAGGCUUUGAAUAGGGCCCGGGAGAGAUUGCUAAAUUACUCAAACAUGCAUAGAUGACUCUAAAACCUCUUUAGGCAAAAAAAUAAAAAAUAAAUACAUUUUGCACUGUACCCCGUCUUUAAGGCAAUUUUUUUUUUUUUUUGUUGUUGUUGUUGUUUACUGGACAAAUAUUUACAUAAUUGUUAACUCCCACAGUAUUAUUUUCAUUGUCUUUACAUUUUUAUUGUAAUAACAUACAACAAAUUAUACUUUUGUGAAGUUCAAAUACAGUUAUGGCGUAAAAUCAGCACUGUUUCCUUCCUUUGUGAUAAAAAAUCAAACUGUCCGACAUUUAUAGUCUGAAUAUUCAAAAUUGUAGCUUACUUUUGUUCAGAUCAAAUGUUUUGUGCUUUUCUUCACUUUGGCUCCAGUCGCCUCUGUAAUUCUGAAUAUUCUGAUGACAUUUAAUUUCAAAGUACAUCUGAUUUGUUCCUGCCUUAUUCAACUAAUCAUAUUUAAUACCUGUUUGGAAAGAAAUGAAAAGUGUGUUCUGCAGAUCGAGUGUGUUUUUAGAUUUGAAAUUGGUUUAUAUUUUUUCAUGUUACUCGAUGAUUUGAAUAAAAAAUUUGGAUAAUAAAAAA